UUCACAUCUGUAGCAAGCAACUGAAAGCUUAAAUAUGCAGCAAUGAGUAUCGUUGCGAAUGGCAUCUGCAUAUCCUAUAUCCACGCUGUUAUUGCUUCAAUGAUCCGUUGAAUGUAUUUGCUCCUCACGCGUCUAGACAAUGCCGACAGUGGUGGUCGCUGUUUGCGUGUGUCACACUGAGAUGUGGCUGACUGCAAUGUCGUAAAAUAGCACUCAAAAGGUCCCACAAGCGAGGCAAGCUUCCACUAUCACUUCUCUCACCGCCUCUCUCACCUCCUCUCUCAUAAACACUCGCCUCAUCAAGCAAUCAUGGAUCCCGAUGAUCUGAGUGCCCAGCAAUGGCAGAACUCCUUCUCUGCUAAUGCAGAACCUGAGCCUCAGCCUCAGCCUUCGGAUUGCAACGACUAUUGGUUUAUCCCAACCUAUGCGGACACGAAAGUUCUUGAGGAAAGGCUGGAGACAUUUGCUCAUGACACUGGAGCUCAUAUGACGUUCAACAAAAAGCAGGAGAGAAUCGAGCUAUGGGGCCAGACAUCCUGCAUUCAAAGAGCCAAGUCGUCGCUGGAUCAAUUUGCCGCAUUUUACCAAGACCUGCAUGAAACCAAACAAAAGAUGACAAAGACGAGGGGCUGGGCCAAACCAGAUCGAGAACUAACAGCGGCCGAAAAGAGAAAGAAGGAACGGGAAGAUCGACGUAGGCUGGAGAGCCAGAGAUAUCUGGGACGACCGACAGAAGAAUGUACGUAUCAGCACCGCCUCAAUUGGCCCAAGGAUCUGCCCGCAUUCCGCCUUCUCGGUGGAAACCUGCAGUUGCUGGACGCUCUGAGGACAGAAUGCAAGUCCUUUAUCUGGAUGGAUCAGCCAGAAAUGGUUCUCUAUGUCUAUGGAAAUGAUUACCACUCUACCUUUACAGCAAUGACAAGGAUAAAGAACUAUAUUCUCAAGAGGAAAAGAGCACCGUUCGACAACGUCUGUCAUAUUCUGGAGAAGCCUUCAAAGCUGGUCGAGAUGCACAUGGUCAAUGCUUCGCCAAUGCCUUACCUUGGCGUGCCUCUUCAGCACACUGUGCCUGCCAAACAGGGGGCUCCACAUUCCCAGGGAGCUAGCAAUGCGAGCGUUUUUAUCAGAGCUAAAGAGGUUGCGGCGUUUGAAAACUUACACGAAUUCGACCUCAGUAUGGCUUCUAUUGAGAAAGGAGGAGAAGUGAAGGAUCGAGCACCCCCCGGUGCCGUACCGCAAAAGGCAGGAGAGGUUGCUGCCGUGAGGAGGAACGACGCCUACAUUAACUCGUUGAAGUAUACUGAGAGCAUGACGGAAAGAAACAUUGAGCGCAUUCGUAACGCACUUGAAGACUCUCUCAACCAAGUCCAGCUGUUGGAUGGCGAGAUCAAAAUGCGGAUCCGGAUCGGUCAGAUCAGUCUGCAAGAGUACCCCAGGGGAUCCGUUUGGGAAAUUAAGGAGAUGGACGCCAGUGUUAUUCGUGAUCCUCGCUUGAAGACAGAGUUCAGCCCGUUUUUUACCAAGUCCUCCGAAUCGUUCUCAGCGCUGGUGAAAAAACUAACGCCUCCGCAUCUCCAAGAUCACAUCGUGCCGCCUGACGUGAUUUGGUCGCUUGGGGUUCUGAAGAGAGCAGAGGACACCAAUAUUCCUAUUAACGUCCAGCUGGAUGUGACAUUCAGGGAAAAAACGGUCUCUCUCUGGAAUGCGCUUGUACAAAAGACGACUCCUUUGGAUAUCAGGGUCAUUUCCUCUGAGAGGUUGUUCUCCUGGGCCUGGACGCUUUCAAGUGCGAGACGACUGGAGGGUGACAAGUUUUCGCCAGAGGGGGUUUUCGUUCACAGGCUGUCGUUAGAACCGAAAAACAAGGGAGACGAACCGACGCUCGUAUUCGCCAAUACGAAGGACGUCCAACUGAGAUACAUCCGACGCGAAAAGAAGAGAGUGUUCGUUGACGAUCCUUGGGUAAUUGAAUUAGUCGAGGAAGCAUUCUGGACUCUUCAAGCCCCAUACAUGCCUUAUCAGGCUGUGACACUGAGUUUCCCCGCAGACCAAGUCUUGUACUCUGUCUCUAUGUACAGGGAUUCUUGGGUGAACAGGUUCAGCGAAAAUCCUCAUCUCAGCUUGGGACAAGUCCCGACGUGGGACCCCGAAGACUUUUUCAAGUACGACGAGGCCAUCGACAAAACAAUGGAUGAAGUCCACAGGAUUCGGGACAAGAUCGAGACCCUAUUCGCAGAGUUCUGAGCUAUCCAUCACGAUGGUGAUAAUGCCCUACAAAAGCAACCCAGCCGAGUUUGCAAUCGCACAAAAUUUCAUGCAUGCCGAAGUGUAUCGCCUUCUUGAACCAACUCUCGUUUCCGGUGUACCCGUAAAGAUGCGAACAGCAUGAGAAUACAUAAUAAAAGAAUGAGCGGUUCGUGUGAACAAAAAAAUGGCA